GUUCUCUCAAGAAACAAAGUAAAAGAAAACAAAAAAGAACAAAGAGAGAAACAUAUUCUCAGUUUCUUUACAUGAAUAUAAACUGAGAACACAACUGGUCUCUUCUUCUCAUUACUCUUCCUUCUUCUUCUUCUUCGGAUCCUAUUCUCACCAAUGGAUUCUUUUAGCUCUCAGAAAACUAAACCAAGAAAGACAAAAAGGCUUGCGAAAAAGUCUUGUGUUCAGAUAAUCUUGGAUCUGUUUUACCGGGCGAUCGAGAUAGUUCUUGUUCUGGUAACAGUAGCUACGCUAUGCUAUCACCUCGUUAUCACGUUGCAUGAUUCUGGUGUCGCCGCGGUUAUUAUCGCAAACCGCAAUCUUGCGUUUGUUGUAGCAAACGCGAUAGUCAUCGCUCUAAUCGUGAAAUCUGGCCUUCUCUUGAAUCAAGAAGUUGGCCCGAAGACCAAACGCAACGCUCUUUACGAGGAGUUUGUUCAAGAGAGCUCAAGGAGAGAUGAAGGAAAACAGAGCGAAGCAGAGAACAAGGCUAAACAGAGUAUAACAGAAGCCAGAGCAAAACAGAGCGAAGCAGAGAAAGAGACACUGAGCAUAACUGAGACGAUAGCCAAACAGAGCAAACCUGAGAAGGUUACAAAACAGAGAGAUUCAGUGAAGAGAGAGAAGCAAAGCAUAGUUGAGCAUCAAGAGAAGAAGAUGGAGAAACAGAAGAGGCAAAUUCAGAGUUACCAACGAAGCCGGUCUGAGAAUCUGGAGGGUUUGGAGAAGAGUUCAUGUGGCAGAUUAAGGAGAUCAGAGACGGAUGCGUCUUCUGAGAGAUUUGAUUCUGAUGAUGAACUCCGGUUCAAGAUCGAGUCUUUCAUUGCAAGGCAGAGGAGGAAUCAAAUAGAUGAUUAGCUUGGUAUAGCUUAGAUAAAAAAAAAAUGAAAAUAACCAAAAAAUAGUUUUUGCAAAUACCAUUCACGUAUGAUAAUGUGACUAUGUGAGUGUUUGUUAUAAAAGGGUGAAAGUAUAUUAAUCCUUGGCAUAAAUUUUUGUUUGUAUUCUUUGUAUAAUUUUUGGUAAUCCAGUAUGAUAUUACAAAAUUAAAAAUU